AUGUCCACCGAGUCAUCCCAGUUCUCCCCUUUCGGGUCCAACGUAAAUCCCUUCGGACCUCGCGAAGGUGCCAACGGGGGAAGUGCGAAUAUUAUGCAUCGCGUGAUCGAAGAGGAGGAGACUGCUGACGCUGUGGCUUCCCCCACCAACCCUACGUUUCGCACUGGACCCAGCCCGUCCGCCUUCCGCAGCCCCUUCGGCUCGUCACUCCAAGGAGACGCACCUUUCGGCACGCCGCCCACCGUUAGGAGCCCUCCGAAUCCCGAUCACUACCCUGCUGACUACAACUUCAACCGUCGCACGUCCGUCUCGGCCGAAUCGCUGAAACCCAGCACCGAUAGCAAUGACGCUAACUGGACCUCGCCUUACCAUGAGAAGACGCCUGAGCAAUUGGCACGUCUACGAAAAGCCGUCGAGGGCAAUUUCCUCUUUAGCCACCUGGAAGAGGAGCAGAGCACUCAGAUUCUAGGUGCGCUCUACGAGAAGCCCAUCCCGGCCAAGGGUAUCAAGGUGAUCUGCCAAGGAGAUGCCGGUGAUUACUUCUACAUUGUCGAGAAUGGGUCAUUCGACGUCUACGUAAACAGGAGUGGUACCCUACGGCCAGGACCCGACGGCAUGGGACAGAAUGUCGGGACCAUCCAAGCCGGGGGUUCCUUUGGCGAACUCGCUCUCAUGUACAACCACCCGCGAGCGGCCACGGUCGUUUCCGCCGAACCAGGUUGCACCCUGUGGGCGCUCGAUCGGAAUACGUUCCGACGCAUCUUGAUGGAGUCGACGUUCGCCAGACGACGGAUGUACGAGAGCUUCUUGGAAGAAGUCCCGAUCCUGCAGAGCCUUACCCCGUACGAGCGGUCGAAGGUCGCGGAUGCUCUCGAGACAAGAAAGUACUCUGCCGGCGAUGUGAUCAUCAAAGAGGGCGACCCGGGCGACGCCUUCUUCCUGCUGGUAAGCGGCGAGGCCGAUGCCUAUAAGAGCGGCAUUGAAGGGUCCGUGAAGCACUACGGCAAGGGGGAUUUCUUCGGCGAGCUUGCGCUCCUGAAUGACGCCCCUCGUGCGGCUAGCGUGGUGGCUGCCAACGAUGUCAAGGUGGCCAGCUUGGGGAAGAAGGCGUUUCAGAGAUUGCUCGGUCCUGUCGAGGGGCUUUUGCGGCGGACAAGAUAUGCGGGCGUCGAGACGGGGGUUGAAGAUAUGGAUCCCCUUCAGUCGGCGGCCUGA